GCUUUAGCCAGCUAUUUUUUUCCUCUUUCAGAACUUAUCCUGAAUGUGAAAUGAAAUUUUAUAUUGAAAUUUUGAUAUGAAAAUUUUGAGAUCUGGCUGGAGAGGUACUUGCUUCCCAUAUUGUGUCUGUUUACUCCUCAGCAUUCCUUAUUCAAACAAGGCUGGCCUUCAUGUCUUCAUUUUGGGCUGUAUCAGUGCCGUACUUCCUAAGACAGAGGCAUACUGGCCAGAUGUGAUACAAGACUUAGAAAAUAUUAAAAAUCUCAUUCAAUUUAUACAUUUUGAUGCCACUUUAUAUACUGAAAGUAAUGUUCAUUUGGAUUGCAAAGUAACAGCAAUGAAAUGUUUUAUUCUGGAAUCUAAUGUUAUUUUACAUGAGUGUAAAGACGAGAUCAUUCAACGAACUGUAGAAAACAUCAUUAUAUUAGCAAACAGCAGUUUAUCUUCAAGAUGGAAUGCAAUAGAGAAUGGAUGCAAACAAUGUGAAGAGUUAGAGGAAAAGAAUAUUACAGAAUUUGUUCAGAGUUUUUCCCAGAUUGUACAACAGUUCAUAUUCACUGAUAGCCAUUGAUCUCCUUUAGUAUUUGACUGCUUCCGCUGCUCCAUGGCACCACCAGAACAUUGCAUGCAUCAGUGCU